AUGGCCGACGCACCACCACCUCCGGACGAGGCCCUGUCGCCGCUCCAGCUCGCAGACGGCCUCCUCGAGAACGUCACCACGUGCCCCGACUGCUCCAAGCCCGUCCUCCAGAGCGCCAUGCCCGAUCACCAGGCCACCUGCCUCGCGAUCCGCGAGGGUCGCCUCCCCGACGGCGCCAACCUCAAGCGCCGCCUCUCCGAGGCGUCAAACGGCUCGGGCGCGCCGCAGAAGAAGAGCAAGCUCGUGCUGCACCUCGGUGGGCCGGCGGCGGGCGGAGCAGGAGCGGCGGCACCACCGGCGGCGGGCGACGUCAAGCCGGUCAAGCAGCCUGACGCGCCCAAGAAGAACAAGCGCGUCGUCGACGUCGACCGCCAGUGCGGCGUCAUCAACGACAAGGGCUACCCGUGCCCGCGCUCGUUGACGUGCAAGACGCACAACAUGUCGGCCAAGCGCGCCGUGCCGCACCGCUCACAGCCGUACGACCUCCUCCUGUUCGAGUGGCAAAAGACCAACAAGGCCAACCAGCAAAAAGCCGAGGCGCUCAAGCAGUCGAACCCGGCCGGCGGCGGCGCGACGUCUGGCGGCGGUGGCGGCGGCGGCGGCGCGGCGGCGGCGACUGGUGGGACGGCGAGUGCGGGUGCGGCAGGAGGGACGGCGCGCACGGCGGCGGCGGCGGCGGCGGCAGCAGCAGCAGCAGCGAGCGCGCACGGCAGCGACGCCUCGACGCCGCUCGGGGGCGCGCCGUCGCUCGUCGACCCCUCGGGCGCAGCAGGGCUCGCCGACGCGCCCAAGGCCAAGCGCCGUCGGAGCAACAACAUGGACGCGCAGUCGGGUGGUGCAGGCGGCGCGCUCGCUGGGCCGGGCGGCACGAGCGUCGCCCUCGCCGGCGGUGGCGGCGGGUUCAAGCUUGCCGGCGGCGAGGGCCCAGGCGGCGGUGGCGGCAAGAAGGGCAAGAAGGGCAUCGUGUACGUCGGCGAGUGGGACGAGAGCGACGACGACGGGGCCGACGAGCUCGUCGACUCGGACGAGGAGGUCGAGGCGGUCCUGCGCGGGCUCGCGCGCGCAGAGCACGGCCGGCCGCUGUUCAUCGCGAGGGGCGGCGGGGCGGGCUUUGCGGCGGCGAGCUUGUUUACGGGGAGGAACACGAAGCUCGGGCGACUGAGGGGCACGCUGAGGGACGUGUUCCGGCCGGCGGCGUGAGGAGGAGCCGCCUCUCUCUCUCUCUCUUUCGCUGUCGUCGUUUCGAGUAGCAGUGACCGUGUUGUACACUUUGCAAGUCGUGCGCCGUCGCUUCAGCUCGAA